AAAUGGCUAUAAAUUUCUCUACUGUUCUGCGCGGGCCAUCGGGAUGGCCGACAUGACGAGGGGCUACCUGCACUGGGUCAACGAGAGGGGCACGGUGCUGCCUCAGGGGCCCCUGCUCCUGAGCCCAAGCAGUCUCUUUUCGGCCUUGCACAGAGAAGUGAUUGAGAAGAAGCCAGAGAAGUUUAAAGUCCAGUGUUUGACAGACAUCAAAAACCUGUUUUUUCCAAACACAGAGCCCUUUUAUGCUGCUUUUGGAAACCGACCGGCUGAUGUGUAUUCAUAUAAGCAAGUAGGAGUGUCUUUGAACAGAAUAUUUACUGUCAAUCCCAAAGGAGAACUUGUACAGGAACACGCAAAGACCAACAUCUCCUCCUACGUGAGACUCUGCGAAGUGGUUGACCACGUUUUCCCAUUGCUGAAAAGAAGCCAUUCUUCAGACUUCCCCUGCUCAGAUACCUUCAGUAAUUUCACCUUUUGGAGAGAGCCACUGCCACCUUUUGAAAACCAGGAUGUUCAUUCUUCCUCAGCAUAAAAUGUUGCAAGCAACCUCCUGACAUCAUGUGAAGACCAGCACCCCCGAUUAAAGGACAGGUUUUGGGAGCCACAGAGCAGAAGCUCGGGAGCCUGAUGUGCGGUCAUUUGCUUAAGAGCAGAGAAAUCUGAGGGGACUUUCUCUCACUUCCCCGUGGCCCCCAGGGGUGGACAUUUCUUAGUGAAAUACAAAGGGUGUACUUUAUAGACGAGGCGUUGGGUGCACUCAGAGCGGGAAGGCAUCCCUUGGUGGUGGCUUCAAGCCAGUUGCCACGCUGCCCUGCCCCGUCCACUCUUGCGGUCCUUUACCGGUUCCUGGGCAGAGGUGGCCGCCAGGGGGUCCCCGCCGAUGACCGUUCGGUUGAGGCACGCCAGAUGCACGGGACUUUGGUAGAGGAGGGGCCCAUUUCCAUCCGUGGUGGUGUGUGCUGAGGGGCCCGAGACGUGCCUCUGCGGGGUCUCCACCCUCACUGUGCUGGCUCGGCCCGGGGUGUCUCCCUGUAGUAUUCGCCGACAGGGCUGAUGGUGAGGCCAUAAAUUCUUUAAUUCCUUUGAUUAAAGAUAACCUAGAUAGUUGGUAUAUUUCCCCCCAUUUUUGUGGCCCAAGGCUGGAAUAUCUAUGCCUUAAUGCAUCUGUGGCAGGCCUUUUAUUUAGAAUGUGCUUUGUCCAGCUCUCUCUAACUUUGCAAUGCCUUAAAUUCAGAUUAUAGUAAGCAUUCCUAGGCAGCAUUGGAAUGAGCUCCACACUCUGCCAGCCCCCUUCUCCAGCCACGUGGUGCUGUAAACGUGGGUUCGAACAGAGCUCACGCCAUGUGGUGGUGAUGUCGAUUUCUCUUGGGAGCUCUCGAAAGAAACUAGGUGGUUUUACGAAAAUCGCUUCAAGACGUUAUGUUCUUUGUAGAUACUCUUAUUUAUUACUGUACUCUGAUUGGGUUAUUGUUAUGAGCAUUUUAGCCAUAGUCUUUCUAUUAUAACUGUCAUGAAUACAUUAAAACGAUAGAGAUGUUAGACUAUCCAAAGAGCCUUAUUCUGUAUAUCUCAUAACACUGACCUUCUUUUGGAGCUUAUGGGUAAUACUUUUUAUUUUCCUUCGCUUUUCCUGCUCGAGUUAAGGGCAAGUGGAUAAGUAAUAAUUCGAGUGACAUUCUUUACGUUGGCAGAAGAUGAUUCCUUUCCUUGUUUAUAAAAUUGGCUUCUGGAGAGAAUAAUUUGAAAAGUGAAAGAACUAUUUUGGUAAAAGAUUUUGCUUUACUUUUUGAAGUAUUAUUUUUUUAAAGAGUGUUUUACUCCAAUGAUUGCAAAUGCUUUCCUAUUUAAAUCGCCUUGUUAGAGUCAGAACCUGCAACAGUUGAAUGAAAUUUUACUCUUUCUGUGAAAGAAAAUCCAGAGGUGUUGCCUUCCUUGCAGCUGCUGGGCUCCGUUAGUGAGGGGUGCCUUCACGGAACUGUCCGCCUGGCGCGACGGAGAAAGGCAAACAUACGUGUGUUGUCGGUCACAGACUUGCCUAGAAUCGGAACGUGCAUGCACAGACUCCCUUUUGGAGGCAUUAAAAAUAAUUAAAAAUAGUUCUGCCUUAACUACUCUGGGCUUGUUCAUUAGUGACUUUUAGAGGCUGCAUUAAUUCUGUCAUGAGGGUAUUUCGGGGUGAACUUGAAGUGUUGUGAACUAAGCAUAAGGUCACAUGCCUGCAGAGGCUGACACAGUUUGUCCCCUGCACUGGGGAGGAUCCGGCUUUGAGGAGGGGUGGUGUGUCCCACGUCGUGCCAUCCUGCGUACCCUUCAUCAGGACGACCAGCGGCAGUCACUCUCCACGUGGACGUCGGAGAGCUUGCAACCCUGCAUUCCUAGUUUUGACAUACCUUACACCUCCGCACCGCUGCACUCCGAAACAGAGCAUGCCCUCCAGGAGGUGACACGCUCAGAUGUGUGUCCCCUCCAGCGUGUGACCCCUGGAGGGGCUGUGACAUUCGCACCUGCCUUGUGGCUUCCGAAAAUGAGAUUUGUACGUGGCUGCACUCAUGCAUCUAUCAGCUGGUUUUUCUGUACUUACACACUUACUACCCAGUAACCUUGUGGUCAUGCUGCGUCUGGACCACACAUUUCACAGUUGCCCUGUGGAGAUGAGUCCCUCCACAUGGCAUCAUCAGAUGAUCAUCCCGUGUGACGAGGGGAAACACACAUACCUGGUACAUGGACAAAUGAUUACACCUUCACAGGGAAACUCCCUUUUCACUUCUAGGUUGAGAUCACCGCUUUAAAUAUAUUUAAUUUACAGCACUUGGUCUGUACUUGUGUAUGCUGGCACGAUGAUCCCAAUCACUGUAAGCCCUACGGUGUCGUGCUGGCUGCAAAGCUAGAAAACAUUGUAAUAAAGGAGAUGGAUGAGCCAUUUCUCUGGAAAUCAGGCGUGUGAAUUUUAAAGUUUUUUGGUAAGUUAUUAAGUUUCUUUCUAGUGUGUGAUAUCAAACAUUUUUAUUCUCUACUCAAAAAAUCCUUAAGGCUAUGAACUGUUUAUUAUUUGGAAUAAAAGAGCCAGUCUUUUC